ACGUUGGCCAUCGUCUCAGGAAAUACCACUGAUAGCGCGUACUUUGCUUCCCUAACCUUCCAUGGUUGACUGGUGACUACAGCUCGGCGGAUAAACAAUCCAAAUAAUCGCUGUCUUCUGCUAUGGAAGCGACGAAUUCGUCAGAGACGGCCACUGUGCAAAGACGUUGACAUCGAAUUACUUCUCCAUAUAAUCAAUCUCUCCCUGUUUUUGCGUUUCGUCUCGUUCGUUUUCCGGUGCCUUCAUUUUCCAAUUUGGUCGAAUCGUGUUGUGAACAGCAGGGUUUUAACCAGGGGAGGCGGGGAAACCUUUUUGUGAUGCUGAAGCUGUCUUCUAGUCGGUGGAAGCUUGUGUGUUUCGGCUGAGCUGGUGAUUUGGAGGGCUGGAUUUUGGUGAAUCUUGCAGAUUCAAUUAGUUCAGGGUUUUGGUAUUGAAUUUAUUUUGAGUUUUUACCUGGUCGAGGAACAAUGAUUCCAAGGAAGAAUGCAGGACGUGCUUCACCCUUCUUUCUGAUGGUGUUGGCUUUUGGGUUCUUCUUGGCAACGUAUAAUUUAUUAACUUUGGUGAUGCACAAGGCUGAUAAAAGCGAGACUGAUACAAAGGAAUUGAAUGAUCCCAUUGUAAGUCGGCCAAAUGAGCUGAGAAAGGGAGGAGGUGCAAAAUUCCAUGUUGCUGUCACAGCCACAGAUGGAGUGUAUAACAAAUGGCAAUGUCGAAUUAUGUACUAUUGGUACAAAAAAAUGAAGGAAGUGCCUGGAUCGGAUAUGGGAGGAUUCACACGGGUUUUGCAUUCAGGAAAACCUGAUAAUUUGAUGGAGGAAAUGCCGACUCUUGUUGUAGAUCCUCUCCCCGAAGGGCUUGAUCAAGGCUAUGUAGUUUUGAACAGACCCUGGGCGUUUGUGCAGUGGUUGGAGAAAGCCACAAUUGAAGAGGACUACAUUCUAAUGGCGGAACCUGAUCACGUCUUUGUUAAUCCAUUGCCAAAUUUGGCUCAUGGAAAUCACCCUGCUGCAUUCCCCUUUUUCUACAUAACACCAAAAGAGCAUGAGAAAAUUGUAAGAAAAUAUUAUCCUGAAGAGAAAGGUCCCGUGACCAACAUCGAUCCAAUUGGCAACUCUCCUGUGAUAAUUAAGAAGUCUCUCUUAGAGAAAGUUGCACCUACAUGGAUGAAUGUAUCCUUACGGAUGAAAAAUGAUCCUGAGACGGAUAAGGUUUUCGGUUGGGUUCUGGAAAUGUAUGGCUAUGCCGUUGCUUCUGCAUUGCACGGAGUGAGACACAUUCUCCGCAAGGAUUUCAUGCUGCAGCCACCAUGGGAUUUGGAAGUUGGCAACAAGUUCAUCAUCCAUUAUACAUACGGAUGCGAUUACAACAUGAAGGGCGAACUAACCUACGGGAAGAUUGGGGAAUGGAGAUUUGACAAGAGAUCCCACCUUAGUGGUCCUCCCCCAAGAAACAUAUCGUUACCUCCUCCAGGCGUCCCUGAAAGCGUGAUACGGCUUGUCAAAGCAGUGAAUGAAGCGAGCGCGAAUAUUCCCAAUUGGGACACACUGUAGGUCUGCAAACAGUAUGGAUCAUCGCUCAAAGUUUUUAUGGCACCUCCCUUUUAUCUUGAGCUUGUUCUUUCUGCGGCAUUCAUACACUGGUGAAACAUGCAAUUUAACUACAUUGAGUUUCGAUUCGGAAUAUAGAGAAAAAAAAAAAAAAAAAGCCUUUCUUCUUAAGUUCAUCCUCUGCAAAUAUGUUUUCUGUAUUGAUUUAUAUCUCUAAAAGCUUGUAAGGUAAAACUUUUACAAUACACAUAAUAAUACACUGUCUUCUUCUGCAUUAUAGUCGGCGAUAUUUGUUGGUCUAUAGCCACUCUAUUAGUACAGAUGGAUCACAUUUAACAAUGAAUGCAUGUUUUGAUGUUUCUUUUA